CAGUUUACUGUAGAUCAUGGCAGUACGGAGCCUUUUUUUCGCACUGUUGCUAUUGCUUCUGGGUCUGGUACUGGACAGAGCCUCCACCCAUGCAUUCAACCCCAGUCGCCUUCAACAGCACAAAAUCCUCCACCUCGACUGGCCGAAGGACUGUGGCCUGGCUCAUUUCAAACCAAACACAGUGGAGCGUAUUGUGUCAGGCAACGAAGCAAGACCUCACUCCUGGCCGUGGCAGGUCUCACUGCAGGUUCGUCCCAGAGGCAGCAAACAUUAUGUUCAUGUGUGUGGAGGGACUCUGAUCCAUAAGAAUUGGGUUCUGACUGCUGCUCACUGCUUCCAGAAGGGAAAGGCAGAGGAUGCUAGUAGCUGGCGUAUUGUUUUGGGUAAGCAUCAGCUAAAAAGAUCAGAGACCGCAGAACGAUUCUUUCCAGUGAAGAGGAUCUACAGGCAUGAGCACUUCCGUUAUCCAGCUCACAGUGAACUGGACUACGAUAUUGCAUUGGUUAAAGCUGCCACGGACAUCCAGCCAAGCAACUUCAUUCGCUAUGCCUGCCUGCCGCGCAAGCAGAUCAACCUUAAUCCAGGGCACUACUGCUGGGUGACGGGCUGGGGGGACACACGAGGUGGAAAAGAAAAUGUGUCACUUGCUGAAGCACUGAACCAAGCUAGGCUUCCAAUCAUUGACUAUAAGACCUGCCGGCAAAAGAAGUUCUGGGGUGACCGUGUGAGGGACUCCAUGAUUUGUGCUGGCUUCAGAGAUACAGAAGGGACCCCAGCUGCAUGCCAGGGUGACUCAGGUGGCCCUCUGCUAUGCCAGGUAGGGCGUGACCGCUGGGAGGUUCAUGGCAUUGUGAGCUUUGGUCCCAUUGGAUGCACGGUGGAAAACAAGCCCAGCGUCUUCACUCGCACUGCAGCCUACAUCCCAUGGAUCGAGGCCACACGCAUCAGGGAUUUCUUCUUGCACUAAAUUCCCACCUCCAAAAAUUCCCUGCCUACAACUGUAGGCACAGGAAGAGUCAUUGAAGCAACAGAUUUAGUGCCAUGUCCCUGUCUGGGUCAGGCCCAUGGACCUGCUAAUUCAUUUGUGGUCCAUGCCCUGGGAGCUGGUGAGCAGCAACACAAUCCCCAGCCACCAAGUUAGGGUAGUUUGCACCAAUAUGUUGGACUUUUCUCCGCUAUGUGAGAUUCUUCUGGGCUUCGCUGUAGUACAUAAACUGCUUUCAGCUAUAUCACAAUCAUCUGCACUUUGUGUUCGGCAAGCCAAGCAACAUUUUUUGUUAAACAAGUGCUGGCUAUUCUGCAUUACACUCAUCAGUUCAGUUGGCUUUGUUUUUUUUUUUUCUGUAAGGACUGGCAUGUGCAUUUGCCCUCUUGUGGGCAGUCCAGCGUGCAGCUCCUAAGGUGCUUUUAGAGUCAGCAUCCAGAAGCAAUAGAAAAUAUCACCUGAAGAGGGAGACAGUCUCCUGCUUUUCAUCAAACACAGGUAACAUCCAUGCAAGAUGGAAAUUGAUACCAUACACUAUAAAGUGGUACAAGCACUGUAUCUAGAUCAUUUCCAUAAAUGCCUCAAAUUUAAUCUUUUUAAUUGUUAUUCUAACACCUACAUUUAAAUAAAGUACGAUUUAAUAUAUUAACAUAUAUUGCUUAUAUUAUAAUUAUUUAAUCUUUAGGGAGGUUUGGGUACACUACUGCUAAGAGAAAUAUUACUUUUAUUUACAUAAAAAAAUUUUUUUUGAAAUCUAAAAUGCUUUAAUUAUUGACAAUGAGUGCCUAUUUUUACAAAGUCACAAUGAGGGACAUUUAUUAUGGAAUAUUUCAAUAUUCUUCUGUACUCUGCAUAUUGACUGUUGAAAUUGAGGCUGACCUGCUUACAAAUAAACC